GUUGUGGGACUCGAUAUCUACGUCCGGCAAGCCGUUCAUUGAGCAAAACAAUAAUGUUUGCAGCCCCGGCGAUCAGCCACAUGAAGUUGUCGAUCAGCACCUCCAUGAUCUCGAUCUCAAUCUGGAUUCUGAUCCCCAAACCUUGCCAAACAUUCCAUUUACUUCUGACGGAAAUGUUGGUCCCACCAAGAAAAGCCAUGAUGGUGGCGACCAUUCACCUGAUCCAGCAGAGUCCAUGCAUCCUGCAGGAUGCAUGGAGACCAAAGAGUGUUUAUUGAGCGAUCUCCACUAUAAUCCCUUGGAUACAACGUCCUCAUCCGAUUGCAACGAUUCCAAUUCCGAUGCAAGCAACGCAUCUUCUGUAUCUUUUGAUUCUUCCUCCACAUGGACGUCAUCCUCGUCUUCUUGUUGUUCUUCGGUUUGUACUAAAGAUACCGAAAAUUUUCAUUUCCAAAACAUACUAUCGAAUCCUUCCACCAAUUCAUCCUCCUCAUCAACCUCGACAUCGGCGCUGUCUGAAGAAGAUGCAUUUGAUGAGGAAGCCACGCCGCCUUUGAUGCAGGUGAAGAUAAAGUAUUUAUCGCUGGCCUUGCAAAUCCUUAAAAUGCUAACGUAUCAGGCCAAGAUGAACACCAAAUUUUCCACCUCAUCGUCGGGCUUUUUGCGCAGGAUAAAGAAAUUUUUGCCGCACAUCCCCAAAAACAUUUUCAAAUCGUUUUCGGAACUUCGAGUGAUCCUUACAAACUCCGCUCCAGAGGAUUUCCUUUUUUCGUCCUUUUUGAUACCCGAGCAGCUGGUAUUCGCACGCUCGGCCGAGAAUAGCCUUGCACAGGACACGUCUGGCGACAAUUACCUUGUGUUUCUAGACUUGGUCCCCAUCACUCACAACGAAAAUGAUUCCGGCUCAGAUAUUGACAGCGAUGAGGAUUUUCUCAAUGACCCGAACAAGCCAUUUUUGGGGACCAUCAGCAAUAUCCCCUUUUCCAAGGAAGACCAAGCCGAAAAAGAAG